AUGAACGUAGCCCCUCAUAAACUUCCAUCAUACGCCCUUUGCUCUCCUGAAAGGGCUCAGUUUUACGCUGAGAAGACCCGCGAUGGCCACUAUGCCCUUCUCGAAUCCGAGACGUUCUGGAGAGACCGCUGCAUAUUCCUGCAACAACAUGGCUACCAAUUACGGCCUCGCUACCAUCCCAACUGGUCUCCGUCUUGGCUAGGAACUACCUUCGAUCCUACAUUCUGCGAAGAUUCGAUAUUGUUGCUCACGGAUAAUGUCAUUGACGCUGUUCGUCUGCAAGACGGAGAGUUGGUAUCUAUCAAGGCCGUCCCAGAACACAGUGACGAAAUACGGAUCGCUCGUUUCUUGUCUAGCCCUGAACUCCUCGAGCACCCCACAAACCACAGUGUGCCAGUACUGCACGUUCUCUCAGACCCUCUAGAUAAUCAAUUCAAGCUCAUGGUAAUGCCCUUCUUGCGCCCUUUCAACAAUCCGCCAUUCUACGCAAUCGGAGAGGUAAUCGACUUCAUUCAGCAAACCCUUGAGGGACUUCAUUUUUUGCACACUCAAGGAAUUGCCCAUCGUGAUUGCGCGUCCGCCAAUAUCAUGAUGGAUGCACGCUCUUUGUAUUCGCAGGGCCACCAUCCUGUUCGCCUCAACUACUCCCGUGAAGGCAUUUAUCCUGUAUAUCCCCUCUCUCGUAUGAAUCACCAUGUGAAGUAUUAUUAUAUCGAUUUCGGCAUAUCUUCUCAGUUUCAAGAAGGAAAUUCUCCGUAUGUCACUGGAAGAAAGGGAAGAGACAAAGAAUUACCGGAGCUGUCAUUUGGUGUCCCAUAUAGUGCAUUCAAAGUGGAUAUUUUCACUCUCGGAAAUCUUUACACGAAGGAGUUCCUCCAAAAAUAUCUCGGGCUAGAGUUUCUCGAUCCUCUGGUGGCGGCCAUGACAGACAGGCGGCCAGAUCAACGACCUACGGCGGAAGGUGCACUCCUGAUAUUUGAAGGAAUUCGCCAGCGUCUCAACACUGCUUUUCUACGUUGGCGUUUGCGCGCUCGGGAUGAGUCCACACAGGAAAGAGUCGUUUAUGAUGCUGUUGCGGCUGCACGAGAAGGAUUAUAUCGACUGACGCAUCUCAUCUCAUCUAAGAAUUGA